AUGGGAAAGGAAGUCUACAAGUUCGUGGCAGCGAUGGAGUCCGAAUGCCCUACACCGGCUGAAGCGCCCCCCAAGAUCAACUAUCAACAACCACUUUCAUCUCCUUAUGAGGGUGCAACGAGGACUAUUCAGAUAGGAAAGCACAUUUACAGCCUCCCAGAUCGUCAUCUCCGACAGAUGCCACGAUUCCGCGAAGAUUACUUUAGAUCCAGCACUACAAUCCUGUCAGAUAUCCAACAGGAUGUGGCGCACACAUUUGUCCAUUUCCUAUAUACAGGAGAAUACCAGACUAUAGCUACUUCCUUCAACGUGGAAUCAUCUUAUAUCGCAAAGGAAUACAAGAGAGCCAUUUCAGUGUACCAAGCAGCUAGAGUGUAUGAGCUCCCAGGUCUAGAGUCACUUGCCAAGCACUAUAUUGAGAUUUUUGGAGAUGAUAUUCCUAUGUGCGACAUGCUUUGCAUCGCGAGAGAUGUGUUCUCAGCACUUCCGAAAAAUGAACAGUGGCUUCUGGACUAUAUUGAAAGAAGCUUGCAUCGGCACCUGGAUGUUGAGAGUCCGGAUUGUAAUCUGGACGAAGUUUACCAGGCCCUGGGCCAAAUUCAUCAUUUUGAUAUUGCUGUGAUGAAAAUGGUUGUCGGGGCGUUCUCUGCCUGCCUGAAGGGUAUACAUGAUGAGACGGCGAGGGGGGAGGGGACUCUUGAGAAAGCUAAAGAAACGCUUGCUGCUUGUGCUGAAGAUAGGCUUGCUGGAUAUGAGCCCCCUGGAAAUGUGUCAGCGGAAGAGUACCCUGAGCCUCCUGAGGAUGUCCCCGAACCCGCUGAAGAGUGCCCCGAACCCGAGGAAGAGUACCCCGAACCAGCUGAAGACUACCCUGAGCUCACUAAAGAUGUGCCCGCUGAAAAUUCCAGCGAAGAGUUUGUUGAAGAGCCCGUGGAGUACCGCGUCGAGACCCCAGAAGCUGAAGCUGAACCUGAACCUGAACCUGAAGCCGAGACUGUCGAAACGCCAGUCGAAGAAGGCCUGGAGGAGCCUCAAGAACCACCUUUCACAAACGUGAGGCGUUUUGGAAGCUGGAAAUUCCGUAAAACUGUUGGUUACGUUUUUGAUCCUCACCCCUUAAGCGAUAUACCCGCUACCCAUGAUCUUCCCAUUUCUGAGCAACUCCCUUUCCAGGGUCUCCCCACUGCCCUAGUCAAUCUGGCUACGGCUGUAGAGAAAAACUUGAAAUUAUAUGAGAACUGGGGUAGUCUCACUCACCAUAAACAACUUAAAAGAAAAAAACGACUAAGGGCCAAGGGGUUGCCAGUUCCCGCUGACAAUGGAGCUAUUAGUUUGUCUGUGGGCCAAGAGGAGUAG